UCAUGUUUUCAUCUGCGCAGCUGCUGUAUGGCCUGUAGCUCCGCCCACUCGGAUCGCAGUGCACAGAUUCUGAAAGGCAGAGAGCCUUGGCAACGGGACCCCGCCCCUCUUUCCCGCGUAAUUUUCUCGUCCUUAUAUGGACAAUAGAAUGCAGACGCAGCCCGACGUCAGCCGCGUAUGCAAAUGAGGUUGAUUGAAGAAAUUCAGAAAAUGGUGGACGGCCGGUGCUGGCGCAUGCGCACACCGUUUACUACGCCGAGACAGAAAGUGAGACGUUAAGCGUGCGCAGCAGUGGCGCAUUGUUUAAUGAGUGACACUCGGGGCGCGUGCAACUCGCUUGAUUGAGCUUUUCGCAAGAUGUUUGGUUUCCAUAAGCCGAAGAUGUACCGCAGUCUGAAUGGAUGCUGUAUCUGCAGGGCGAAGUCCUCCAGCUCUCGCUUCACAGACAGCAAACGCUACGAGCGAGACUUCCAGAGCUGCUUUGGCCUCGGCGAGACGCGCUCUGGAGAAAUCUGUAACGCUUGCGUGCUGCUGGUGAAGCGCUGGAAGAAGCUUCCGGUCGGAUCCAAAAAGAACUGGAAUCACGUGGUGGACGCGCGAGGUGGACCCAGCCUGAAGAUGACCGUGAAGUCUAAGAAGGUGAAGCCUCUUUCUAGAAGAAUCAGGCCGAGUCAGAUCUGCAGAGUGCAGAACGAGCUGAAAAGAAACAACUCCGAUGCUCACAGCACCACCUCCAGCACUAGCCCUGCCCAGUCUCCUAGCUACAGCAACCAAUCAGACGAUGGCUCUGACUCCGAGCUGGCUCCAGGCUCCGCCCGCUCGCCGUGCUUCUCCUUCUUAGACCUGACCUACUGGCGAAGGCAGCGCGUGUGCUGCGGCAUCAUCUACAAAGGCCGCUUUGGAGAAGUGCUCAUCGACCCGCAUCUCUAUAAACCCUGCUGUCAGAAAAACGGGCGCAGGGACGCGAGGAAGAGGAGGAAGAGCCGGACGACGAGGACGUGGAGCUGGAGAAAGAGGGAGCACCGGCGAGUCAGAGCAUGCUGGCGUCUCCGCACGCGCCGACCGGUUCUCCGGGUCUUCCUCUCAAAACCGAAGGAGAGGAGGAAGAGGAGUGGUGACUCCGAGCUCCGGUUCCCAGUGAACUGACGGUGUUUUACGGGGUUUGAGGGGUUUCGUAGUCUUCAGGCACUUGUAAAAGAAGUUCUCUCGAUUUUUCUACAACCCAAGAGCAGCUAGAACCGUUUUUUUUUCUUUUUUCUUUUCCCUCCUCUUUUUCUUCCUUUCUCUCUCUGAGGUGGGAUGACUGUGUGGUUUUUGUGCACUCGCAUCCUCAUUGUUCAACACUCGAGUAUCCCCCCCCCCCCACCAAAUGGAUUAGACGUUAUAACGAGCUCCUUUUCCUAUUCGUCAGUCUUUUCGUUACGACCCAGAAUUCACGCUCUCCUCAACCCCGAGUUCAGCAAGUGACGUCAGAUCGACAUGGCCGCUCGCAGCGUGAACAGCAAACGCGACGGCAGCCCGUCUUACCUUUUUUAAAAUGAGCUGAGCUGUGUAUAUACAAGCAUUAGCUUUAGAUCAGACAUACUGACUUGUUACUCGUGAAAUCUAUAACGCUGCCUAUACAGUUGACGGUUUUGAGCGAGGGGAAAUGAAGACGCGUCCCGGUCAGCUAGCUCGCACGCGGCGUCGGCCCCGGGUGCCGAGUGUUUCACCGCACGCCGUGUUACGUGCUCGGCGUUACGGUGACGCCGAGACCAACCGGACGCUUUUCCAUCAGCCCACGUGUAGUCCUGUAAAUAUCUAGACCUCCACCUCUUACGUUUUUAUCUCUUAUUUUUUAUCAGCAACAUCCACAUCACGCAUGAAAGCUAAGCGAAGCCGUUUGUCCCGAAGAGAAUCCGCAUGAAUCUUCGCGGGUUUUGUUUAUCUAGCGGUUUGUUUUAGCCAGGUUUUGAUACGACUCUAAUAAAGAAGUUACGUAUAUAUCUAUAUAUCUAUAUAUCUAUACACGUAUAUUUUUGUAGGUAAAAAAAAAAAAAUUCAAAAAUGAAAUUCACUGCAAUGUCGUGUGCGAAAGAUAUCACUUACAAUUCUUUUUUUUUUUUUUUUUUUUUUUAAAAUUAUACAUAUGUAUUUUUUUUGUUGUGGAAUCUGACCAGCAGUUUAGUCAAAUAACCACACACAAUCAAGUGUGUGUAUUUAUUUAUUCGCUUGACUUCACUGACACUCAUUUUCACUAACGGUACCUCCUGUCUUCAGUCUGCGUUCCUAAAACGUCGUACUGAAAAAAGGGGUUAUUCUAACAUUUUGUAAGGAUUGAAUCUUUCUUUCCUCUGUGUGUGUGGGUGGGGUGGGGGGGGUUCAUUUUCUCUUGGUUGGUUAAUUCAAGGUCAUUGUUUUUGUUUAUUUCGUCCUAAUUUUCUAUUCGUAUUCCAAAAAAAAGCUGAAAAGUCCUUUUUCCUGUUUUUACUCUAAAAUGUGUCUAAUUUGUUUAUUUUUUGUCCUCCUCCAUGUUUUACACGCAUGGGUCCUUUUCAGAAGACGGCACUAAAGAGCGGGUGACUCGUAACGCACCGUACGCAGUAUAGAGCCUUUCUUUCAGAGGGACGCAUCGUGAGUCAGAUACGAGUGAACCAGUCGUCGUCUUUCUUUUUUCUCUCUUCCCUGCAGAGGAACACUGAUUUUUAUUGUUUAAAAUGGGGGUGGAAAAAACCCCAAACACUCCAUUAGACGAAAUUAGGUUCCCUUUUGUUUGUGUGUGUGUAAAUUAGUGUUCGGCAGCUGUGUGACGACGUUCUGAUGCCAUAACGAACUGUACCUGCGUGUCCGCUGGCUUUCCUGUUUCAUCCGUCAUCACGUGUCUAUUUCUCAGCUCUCGAAUCAUGUCACACUAUCUUUCUCAGUUGUCUGUAAAUAAUCGAAUAUAUUUUUGAACUGAAUGGUUAUGAUAUUCGUUCUGUUAUUUAUUUCAUAUUUAUUUGCAACACAUCACAUUUUAAAAUAAAUAAAUAAAUUGAAAAAAAAAGGGGGAAUAUGAAAGGAUCGUGCAUCACAGCACAACCCAUACACAGAUUUCAAACUUAAGCAUGUGACAGCUGAUGAUUAUUAUUAUGAUUAUGGUUAUUAUUAUUAUUAUUAUUAUUAUUAUUAUUAUUAUUAUUAUUAUUAUUUUAAAAUGUAGUUUGGUUUAUUCAGGUAAUAUUAUGUCCAGUACCUGCCUGUUACUUUGCUUCAGUUUCUUCUCUCAGUUGUUUGUACUCUACAGGCAUGUAUUGUAGCUAUGCACUUUGUAUGAACCUUUUUAUUCUGAAAAAUACUCUACUUUUUUUUAUUAUUAUUAUUAUUACGUACUCCACUUUUUACUCGUAUGUCAAUAAACAUAGCUUGUGACGUUA